AAAAAAAAAAAAUUAAAAGGAGACGUCUGGAAUUCGAAGAUGAUGGAAAAGAGCGCGGCGGAGAUGGAGAGCGACAACAGUGAGAUGGAUAGCGAUACCAGUGAGAUGAUGGAAAAGAGCUCGGCGGAUAGCGAUACCAGUAUGGACGAUACUACAUACGGAUACGGAUCCAUCACCGUCGUAUUCGAGGAGGAGGGUCUCUGCAAAGAAGAGGAUAUGAAGCAUGUCUGGAAGAAAGAGGUGGAAGCAGUGUUUGAAGCUAAGGGCCUUUCAUGCGAAUUGAAGUGGGAUGAGAAACAGAUGACUGUCAGUGCAUCAAAACGUACACAUCUUAUGGACACCACCAUCGUUUUCAGGGCUGGGCGUGCUCUCUAUGUUCUGGCUUGUGGUCUCAGCACUCAAUGGGUUGAACCGAUCGUCUCUGGGGAAAUCUAUACUGCUGUCAUUGAAGUUAGACCGCCAGAGGGCACGACUGAGGAUGCUUUUUCAAUCAAGUAUCGUGAAUUCAGAGACAAAGUUGAACGCAAAUUUGAACUAUCUCAGAAGCUGUCCUGCUUUAUUCUUUAUCAUUCUGCAGCUGUCGUUGUUCUUUCCGAUAAAGAGAGGUCACCCAGUAUAAUAAGUAAUCUUGUGGAUUGCUGUCUAAUGGGUGAUGAUCCUUUUGACGAAGAUCAUUUUCAUGAAUUGUUCCUUGAUGAAUAAAGCACCGAAUCGAUGAAGAUUAGACCAAAAGAUCAGGUCAAAUGUUAUGCAGCAAUGGCCGCACUUGCUGUCUCAAACUGCAUUCUAUGAACUUUCUAGUUUGCUGCUUUCUCUAUUUUGGGUAGAAAACAUUGUACUGAUUCUAGUUUAUGGUUUAUGUAUCUCAUUCCAUGUUAAUUUCUAGUCGGUAGCUUUGUUAGCUAUCCCAAAACUAAUUACCAUAUUUCUCUUCAAAAUGU